AUGAAUAAAGAAAAUGAAGUAUUUAAUUUGCCUGAACCAAUUUGCAAAGCUCAUCAAAAUAAGAAGGUAUAAAUAACUUAAAAAGUAGGCAAAAUAUAAAAUUGUUGGUGUUCCAUACCCUAAACCUAAGUUUAACUUGACUGAUUUAGUUUGUUCCAAAUGUGCAAUUGCUCUAGUAAGUUAGGGUUACAAAGUAAAUUUUUUGUUAGAUAUAGGUUGAUGACAUUGAAUCAGAUCAGACAUAAGUUAGAUAAGAAUAAAUACAAUAGUUUCUAGAAACAAUUUCAUAAACAUUUUUAACAAUAGAUCAAAGUGAAUAAAGUCUUCUUGAGAAAAAGGAAGAUUUGAUAAGAUUUUGUGAGAAAUAAAAAGAUAAAGUAAGAGAACAUUAUCAUAUCAUGACAACUACUUUGGAUCACAAACUAAAAGAAUAAAUUGAUUACUUAAAUGAAUUGUAAGGAAGAGCAUUAACAAUGUUUGAAUAAAAAUAAUAAGAAAUUAAAGAGAGUCAUAAUGAAUUACUAUAGAUGUAUAGCGAUAUCGAAGUUAAUCUUGAUAAUAUAAUUCUAUAAAUUGAAUUACUCCCUUAUAAAUAGAUUAUGGGUCAAUAUAAUAAAAGAGUGUAAGAUAUAUAAUAAUGUCUUGGUAAAAUGGAAACCUAGAAUGUUUAUUUGGGAAGAGUAUAUAAAAAGGCAACAGAUUAAAAAAUACUUGGAGGUUUAUUUGAGGAUAGUGAAUUAGAGAUAAAAAUAGUUUAAACAUCUCUCCUCAAAACAGAAUAAUAAUAAGGAUAAUCUGUAUCAAGAUUAAUGUCACCAUAAUCUACUCAAGUAACAACACCAACAAAUUAAACUCCUGAUAAAUAAAGAUCAAAUAGUUAGCCUAGCAAAUUUUUGGAGAUUUUGAAUAAAGUAAAUGAGAACCAACUCAAAACUAAUAAUUUUUAUACUUAAUUAUUAAGAAGAGACUCUUCAUUUGAUCUAAGUGAAAAAUAUUGUUCACCUUCAUUCAAAAAGUGA